AUGCGCCUACUCGGUCUUGUUGCGUCGCUUCUUCCGACUCUUCCAACAGCUGUCCUUGCUGCUGCCACGAGCCCGGGUCGUCGAGACGUCGUGCGUGAUGUGCCGCUACUUUUGAAUAUUCCCGGCCAGGUUGUUCUGCCAACCAUCGAGGAGAUUCUCACCGCAAAUCUCACCAAUGGAUCCUACGUAACAACAGACAACAUUCAAUCCGAUAUACUAGUCGGCAUGAAGAAGAACAUCGAAUUGUUUUGGUUCUUCCACGUGAACGACGCGACCGGCUUCAAGUCUGCUCUGAGGAAUACGAUCCAUCCGCUGGUCACUUCAACGACGACCAUAUUGGGGCCUGUGUCGCAGCAACCAUUGGCGAUGGUCAACAUCGCCUUCUCCCACAGCGGUCUUACUUCCCUCGGCAUAUUGGAUGAUCUCGGAGAUAUUGUAUUCCCUUUCGGCAUGACUGCGGAUGCAUCUGUGCUCGGUGAUCCCGGUACCGUGAACUGGCACCCACCCUUCGUUGGCACGGGAAUCCAUGGCGUCAUCAUCAUCGCAUCCGACCAGCAGCAGUUCAUCAACGACACGCUGGAUGAAAUCACCGAGGGCCUUGGGACUUCGGCCACGGAGGUUACUCGCGUUAACGGCGCGGCAAGACAGGGAGAGAACCUCGGUCACGAACACUUUGGUUUCCUAGACGGCAUUGGCCAGCCUGGAAUAUCUGGCUUCAACCCGACUUUUGCCCCAGGGGUAGAACUCAGUCUUCCCGGUACCAUCCUCUUGGGAAGGCUUGGCGACAUUGGGGUGCGACCUGCCUGGGCUAAGGACGGCUCGUUCCUCGUAUUCCGCCUCUUGCAGCAAUUUGUGCCGGAGUUCGACAAGUAUCUCGUCGACAACGCCAUUCAAGCCCCGGACGGCAGCUUGACGCCCGAGGAAGGAGCUGAGUUAUUGGGUGCCCGAAUGAUCGGCCGAUGGAAAUCCGGCGCACCUGUUGAUCUCUUCCCGCGGAAGGAUAAUGCCACAGCCGGCACCGAUCCCAACGUCAACAAUAAUUUCGAUUAUGAUCACCCACUGCCGUUCCUCCUUCCAGCGAACCAGUCUUACUGCCCGUGGACGGCCCACACUCGCAAGAACCGACCGCGUGCGGAUGAACUCGACGUCAAUGGUAUCAUGGUGAUCAUGAGGUCAUCAAUCCCCUACGGUCCAGACGUGACAGCCGCGGAGUUGGCCGCCAACAAGACUAGCAUUGACCGUGGUCUGGCAUUUGUUGCUUACAAUAGCGACAUCGGCCUUGGCUUCCGUUUCCAGCAAACCAUGUGGGACAACUCGCAAAUAUUCCCGCCUCUGAAGACGGACAUCACCCCUGGUUUCGAGCCAAUCAUUUCGCUGAACAACGGCAACACGCGGUCCACCGCUGGACUUGACCCCUUCGACCCCGGGAGGGAAUAUGUACUCGAGGACUUCACUCUGGCGAGAGGUGGCGAGUACUUCUUCAGCCCACCCAUUCCUGCGUUGUUGGAUCCCAUUGGGAAGGCAUGA